AUGGCCGACUUCCAACCGCUCAUGUCCCACCCCCACCCCUACCCACACGAUCUCACCAUCCCGCAAUUCCUACUCGACUCCCCUUCGCACCCGCUGCGUCCUACCCGGCUCGCAGGGAGUAGAUGGCUGGUGGAUGACGACACUUCUCGCGCUUAUGGCUUGGAGGAGAUCAGGGAGAGGGUCGAGAGG